GCUACAACAGGUAGACUGACUACAUUUAUGCUCCACGUCUCAUGACUUGUUAAUUCCACAGACUGCGUGUGGAUUUUAUAACGCCUGUUGCGUUCAAAAGUUACUUGUUAGUCCUUACUGCUCCUUCAAAAUUGUUCAAAAAGUAGUUUUUAUGCUCGAAAGUGGCUAGCUUAGCGGGCUAGCCUCAGCAGGAGGGCAGAGAUUCGUUCAUCAGUCUCGAGCGCACGCUUGACGGCAUCAUGGAGGAGGAAGCCCCCGCGGACAGCGAGGCAGAGACCUACGCCGCGGAGGCAGAGACCUACGCCGCGGAGGCCAUGGCUGCAGACAUGGACCCCUGGAUAGUUUUCGACUCCAGAAAUACCCCCCGGUCCGAAUUUGACGGCUGGCUGGAGAGCAACAGACCCUCCCAGGUGUACCGGUUUGGGGACGAAGACAACGGGGUCAGUCCGGUGGGGUGGAUAGCCGUGCUGGGUCCCAACCACUGCCCGUCUACAGGUGACGUGACUGGUCUCCAAGAGAGCUGGGACAAACUGCUUGCCAGCUCCCGGCCUGUCACCUUCCAGACUGUGAAAGAACUGGCCCUCAACCACGGCGUACUUUCCGGAAAGUGGCUCAUGCACUUAGCCUCUGGCUUCAAGCUGGACCACGCGUGGGAGUGCGUGGCCAGAGCAGCCUUAGAGGGGAAAAUCUCCCUGGUCAAAGUGAGUCCUUACAACCCCAAGGCGGAAGGCAAGCAGGUGAUCUGCGCCUAUAACCAGAACUUCACAGACGAAAGCGAAGUGGUACAGCUGGACUCCUUCAUCCGGGCCACGGGCGUCAAAUGCCCCCUCUCCUACAAGCCAGACGUCUACACCUACCUGGGGAUCUAUCGGAACAACCGCUGGAAGCUCUGCCCCACCAUCUAUGAGAGCAAGUUUGACCUGGAGCGUGUGCCAAGGCGCUCGCACAUCAUCAACAAAGUCACAAAUCUGGAAGUAACAUAAGGAAGAUUAGUUGGGUGCCUUUCCCCCCCGGACUGAUUUUAAGACGAGGCCUUUGGGUGAACCUGUGCAGUAAUGAAAACUGAUCGAGUUUGUAUCUCAAGUUCUUCCAUUUCUUUUGACUGGCACAUUUUCUAAGUUCUGCUAGGGGUGAUUGCUUUGGAUUGAUUCCAUUCAGGAAUAAAGCACUUAAGGGACUGGCUGGAUUGUUUGAGCUAUAUGCAUGUUUUCAGGAGGUGAUUUGACUUAUGAACGGAACUCAUUGAUUAGAAGGAAUUGUUUUUUUGUUGUUUUUUUUUAGCUUUAAAUCGUGUUAAGUACUACACUAUUUCCAAAUAAAACACACAUCUGAAUAACUUA